AUGGCCACCGUCCUCUCCGGCGCCUCCUUUGGCGCCGCCAUGAUCGCCGCCGGCUUCUACAACCCCGCCGUCGUCAUCUCCCAGCUCAAGUUUGAAAACUGGCACAUGGUGCAGGCCUUUCUCGCCGCCACCGCCUCCAGCAUCGCGUACUACGCCAUCAGCGACCGCGCCGGCUACGCCUCCCUGCAGCCUCGUGCCUCGUCCCCCAUCGGCCUGUUCGGGAGCACCUACGACGGCAACGUCCUCGGCGGCGCGCUGCUCGGCGCCGGCAUGGCCCUCUCGGGGUCCUGCCCGGGGACGCUCUUCGCGCAGAUGGCCGCGGGCGUGCACACGGGCUUUUACGCACUCGCGGGCGCCGUCGUCGGCGGCGUCCUCUGGACCGGCAUCCUGAGCAAGGCCGUGGCGCGCGCCCGCGCCCGCGCCGGCAGCAAGCCCGAGACCGUCACCGUCAACCAGCACCUGGGCGUCUCCAAGCCCGCGGCCAUGCUGCUCUACGAAGCGGGCUUCGCGGCGGUGAUUAUCGUCACGUCGCUGUACACGCCGCGCUUUCCGGGCACGAAAAUGUCGGGCGCGCUCGGCGGCUUCCUGAUCAGCCUGUCGCAGCUGGCGUCGAUUGCGACGCGCGGAUCCAUGAUUGGCAUCUCGGGCUCGUACGGGGAGCUCGGCGGCCUGCUGUGGGCGGGCCUCGCCGGCGACGCCGCCAGCAAGCCCAAGUCGUACCCGAACGUGCUCUUUGCCGUCUCGGCGGGCGCGGGCGCGCUGCUGCUGGCCAGGCUGGCGCCGGUACUCGUGGAGGCGCCGGCGCUGGAGGUUGCGCCGGCGGUCGCGGUGCUCGGCGGCGCGCUGAUGGUGGUGGGCGCGCGCAUGGCCGGAGGAUGUACUUCAGGACAUGGGAUCAGUGGCAUCUCGCUGCUGUCCACGUCGAGCCUGAUAACAAUCGCGACGACGUUUGCGGUUGGGUUUGUGGUUGCGACUCUUGUAUAUUAG